CAACCCAAAAGGGGUGCAGGCUUGAAGAAGAAAAAAAAAAAAACAGUGGAGGCCGAAAUCAUAUCGGUUGAUUGGCUUCUCCACAACAGAUCCACUGCUGGGCUUCUGUAAACUUAAGUCUGGACCCGACCUGCCACUUGUGACCCGUUUGUGUGUGAGUUAUACGUGGCACAUUAGUGAGCAUGUCUUCCUCAUAGAGCUAAAGUAAGCUUACCUGCCACAGAAGAGAGAGAGAGACAGAGAAGCAGGCGAGGCUAUUUCAGUCUGGCCAUGGCCCACUUCGCCAGCAUCCAGUAUGAGCCAGUGGCAGAAAUCGGUGGAGGUGCUUAUGGAACUGUUUAUAAAGCCCGGGACACAGAGAGCGGGCAGUUUGUGGCUCUGAAGAGCGUGCGUGUCAGAACGGACCAAAAUGGCCUCCCAGUGUCCACAGUCAGAGAGGUGGCUCUGUUGAAACGGCUCGAGCAGUUUGACCACCCCAACGUGGUCAGGCUUAUGGAUGUUUGCGCCACCCCGAGGUCAGACCAGGAGACCAAAGUUACUCUAGUGUUUGAGCAUGUGGACCAAGACCUUAAGACAUAUCUAGAGAAAGCGCCAGCUCCAGGAUUAGCUCCAGACCGCAUCAAAGAUUUGAUGAGGCAGUUGCUGUGUGGUCUUGCAUUCCUUCACUCUAACCGCGUGAUGCACAGAGACCUGAAACCAGAGAAUAUUCUGGUAACCAGCCAAGGCCAGGUGAAGCUGGCCGACUUUGGACUCGCCAGGAUCUACAGCUGCCACAUGGCCCUCACUCCUGUGGUUGUGACACUGUGGUACCGUCCUCCUGAAGUCCUGCUGCAGUCCAGUUAUGCCACACCCGUGGAUAUCUGGAGCACCGGCUGUAUCUUUGCUGAGAUGUUCAAAAGGAAACCUUUGUUCUGUGGAGAGUCAGAAAUGGACCAGCUUGGGAAAAUUUUUGAGGUUAUCGGCUUGCCACCAGAGGAGGAGUGGCCGACUGAUGUUACACUAUCAAGGAAAAACUUCCCCCCUGUCAUGGCUCGCCCAAUCACGGACUUUGUCCCAGAGAUAAAUGAGCAGGGGGCGCAACUGUUGCUGAAAAUGCUGACCUUUGACCCCUUGAAACGAAUAUCAGCCUUGAAUGCACUAGAACAUGAAUAUUUCCGGGACGAGACGACGUCGACUCAGACCAAUAGCUGAAAUCGGCCAGGGAAGCGUGCAGCGAGAGGUAACAGUGUCGAGGUUUAGGAGUAUCAGCGUCAUUCACGGCUCUGCCUUUCAAGAUGUCUGCUUUGAAAUCUUAUUGUGUUAUUCCCACAUCACAAAGAGGGUUAAAGGCUGAGAAAGAGAGGAGUGAAGUGAGGAUUGCUGCGGUGGUUUUCAGAGUGUAAAUGUCACGAGAAAUGAUGUUAAUAUGUCACAUCUUAAAGGACAGUACCAGUGUUUUUCAUGGAUCAGGAUCAUCAGCAGGCACUCACAUACAGAAAAGUCUGUCAUCUCUUCCGAAAUGUUCCUCCUGUGACUUUUCUGGACUGACAGAAGUGACACCUCAGAAGAUUAGAAAAGACAUUUGUUAGUGAUUUUCACUGUGGCUGUAUUAAUAUUUAUAACACAAUAGGAACAAUGACAUUGUAAGACUGUGACAGGCAUAGAGCUGUAUGUAAAUGAUUUAAUCUAGCUAUAUUUAAAUCAUGAUGAAAAGGAAGAAGUAGCAGAGAACAAACGCACAAGAAAGGCACACGUUGCAAAAAAAUACUGGUAUUGCCCUCGAAUUAGCUCAACAAACAAAAGCAUUUUUCUAUGUGUUGAAGGACUGAAGGGGCGCAUUUCAUUUCAUUUUUAACAUCUGUCUUUUGUUGCUAAAAACCAUUUGAAAUCAAUCAUCACUGCAGAUAAAAAUAAAUAAGCAUUUCAAUCACA